AUGGCGGCUCCUAUGGCGUGGCAACCAGAGGCAGAGCCAUUGACGCAAUUGGUGGGCUAUCUCAAGGAUGCAUUGAGCGCACACGACCAGACAGCCCAAAGAAAUGCCACUCAUAUGCUUGCCCAAGCGAAAUCUUCUCCAGAUAUUACAAAUUACUUGACCUACAUCUUCUCCAACGGGCAAUUACUGCAGACUUUGAACCUCAACUCAGCGAAUCUAAACCUCGUGCGGAGUUCAGCAGCUUUGAGCCUCAAAAAUAACAUCAAGGCUUAUUAUAAAGACAUACCGCAGCCAAGCCAUGCCUAUAUUCGGGCGGCUGUGCUUGUGUGCUUACAAGAUCCCAAUUCGCAAAUAAGGAGCUUUGCCGGUACUGUUAUCACCGAGACAGUUCAACGAGGGGGUGUUCUCGGUUGGCCUGAGCUUUUACCAGAGUUGUUUUCGUUAGCAGGCAAUGAACGAGGCAAUAUCACCCCAUCGACACAAGAAGGAGCGAUGGGUGCCUUGGCCAAGGUUUGCGAAGAUAGUAAGAGGGAGCUCGACAAGGUUUACGAGGGGACACGGCCUCUCAACUUCAUAAUACCUCGAUUACUUGACGUUACAUCCAGUCCAAUCGCCAGGGUCCGCGCGCUGGCGCUGGCCAGCCUCAACUCGUUCAUCCCUCAAAAGCCCCAGGCUCUCGUAGCAUCACUGGACCCGAUUCUUGCCAGACUCUUUCAAUUGGCGAAUGAUUCUAGCGACGAUGUCCGCCGCAACGUCUGCCGGUCUUUUGUACUGAUUGUAGAUAUCAGACCUGACAAAGUUCAGCCACAUAUGGGAGGUUUGGUGGAUUACAUGGCCAUUCAGCAGAGGAACACCGAUGACCCAGAUCUAGCCUUAGAGGCCGCUGAAUUCUGGCUUGCAAUUAGCGAGAACGACAAAAUGUGUGCCACCCUGGGACCGUAUCUCCACAAGAUCGUUCCUGUUCUUCUGGAAAGUAUGGUUUAUGACGAAGAAGCUGUGAUGCAUUUAGAAGGAGACGGAGAUGACGCAGAGGUGGAUGAUCGAGCAGAGGACAUCAAACCGCACUUCGUCAGAUCCAAGACACCCAGGACGCUUACCAACGGUCAAGCCGCCGAUGGAGGAGCAAACGGACAAGGCUCCAAGCAUGUGAUGCCUGACGAUGAUGCUCUCAGCGAAGGAGAGGUCGAGGAAGACGAUGAUGGUGUAACUGAUGCUGAAGAACAAUGGAAUCUCCGGAAAUGCUCAGCUGCAGCUUUAGACGUUCUUGCCUCGACAUUUCAUGCCUCCGUAUUCCAAAUUGCGCUCCCCUAUUUGAAGGAGAAUCUUCGUCAUCAAGAUUGGCCAAAUCGAGAAGCUGCGGUGCUGGCAAUUGGUGCCGUCGCUGAAGGGUGCAUGGAAGCGAUAAACCCACAUCUCCCAGACUUGGUCCCGUAUCUUAUCUCGCUGCUCAGCGAUGUUGAGCCUGCAGUCCGAGUGAUUACUUGCUGGGCCCUGGGGCGCUAUUCUGGCUGGGCUUCGCAGCUCGACAACCCCAAUGACAAGAAAUCGUUUUUCGAACCCAUGAUGGAGGGAAUUUUGAAUAGGAUGUUGGACAAGAGCAAAAGGGUGCAAGAGUCCGCAGCAUCAGCUUUUGCUAACCUAGAAGAGAGAGCGAGUAAGGAAUUGACUCCUUACUGUGCGCCGAUUAUCCAGCAGUUCGUUCAGUGCUUCGAGAGGUAUAAGGACAAAAACAUGUUCAUCUUAUAUGAUUGUGUACAGACCUUGGCGGAACAAGUGGGGCCACCACUCAGGAGACAGGACCUAAUUGAUCUGUUGAUGCCGGCCAUAAUCAAAAGGUGGAGCAAAGUUUCGGAUCAGUCACAGGAGUUAUUUCCACUGCUUGAGUGCCUAUCAUACGUUGCUACAGCCUUGGGUGAUGCCUUUGCCCCGUUCGCCAUCCCCAUAUUUGCACGAUGCAUUCGAAUUAUCCACCAGAAUCUGGAGCAGUACCUCCUGGCAGUCCACAACGAGCCAAUGGAGAAGCCGGACAAGGACUUCCUGGUCACUAGUCUUGACCUCCUUAGUGCGAUAAUCCAGGCUUUGGCUCCUGCUAAGAGUGGUGAGCUUGUAACUUCAUCUCAGCCAAGAUUUUUCGAUUUACUCAUGUUCUGCAUGGAGGAUCCCAGCAAUGAUGUACGUCAGUCAUCUUAUGCUUUGCUAGGGGAUUGCGCAGUCAACAUUUUUCCUCAGCUGAAUCCAUUCCUUCCAUCUUUAAUACCUGUGUUGAUCAGACAACUGGAUCUCGACAACUUGCGCGAUGACGACGUUGACACAGGGUUCAGUGUCAUCAAUAACGCAUGCUGGUCUUGCGGAGAGAUAGCGAUGAAGUAUAAGCAAGGAAUGAUACCUUUCGUGGAGGAAAUCUACCAUAGCCUCAGCAGCAUCAUCGGCAACCCGCAGGUGCCGACAUCUGUUGGCGAGAACGCCGUCAUCGCUCUGGGUCGGCUUGGAGUUGAUUGUUCUCAACAACUAGCACCACAUCUCGCCGAAUUUGCAAACCCGUUCCUGCAUAUCAUCGAACCCGUCGAAAACAAUGACGAAAAAGGCCAUGCAUUCCUUGGCCUCAAUCGUACAAUCGAGAAAAAUCCCCAGGCAAUGGGAAGUUGUUUGCUUGAAUACUUCAAAGCAAGCGCUGCGUACAAGAAAGAUGGGACCAGUCCUUUCCACCAAGAUGAGACAGUUGAGGGCUCGUUUCAACGGAAUCUUGUCGGAUACAAAUCUCUGAUCCCAGACUUUGACGCGUUCAUUGCCCAGCUUCCUCAAUCAGAUCAGCAGAGAUUAAGAGCGUCAUACGACCUCUGA